CAUGUAGCAUGGAAGGACCAGGGAUGAUUUAUCUUCUGUUCGGAGAUAUCGGAUACGCGUCUAUCCUCGUAAUGAAACCAGUGACGACCCCCCAUCACGUGGUAUGACCCUGCUUAUAUCGGAUCGCUGAAGGUGAACGUGGAGAGAAGGCCCCGACCUUGCCAACCGGUAGCUUGUUCUUUGCCUGCAUCCUCUCACCAGGCGGGGGACUACGACUGAGUUACACAGACAUUUGGCUUCCAAAAAUCAAAUAUGCGGCAGCUCCGGUAUAACGUGGCCAUUUCGCUCGACGGCUUCAUCGCGCCUAACGACGGCUCUGCUACUUGGAUCGUCGAUGAUCCGGAUAUUGAUUUCACGUCGUUGUAUGCGAAAUUCGACACGUUCAUUCUCGGACGCAAAACCUACGAAUCGAUGCUCUCAAUGGAACCGAAUCCCUUGAAAAAGGUUCCUAAGGAAAACCUCGUGGUCGUUAGUAGACAGUUGCAGAGCGAAAACCAUACAAAUGUCACAAUCGUGAGGGAUGAUUUUAUUGGGUAUGUCAAGGGGUUGAAAGAGAGGCUAGGGAAGGAUAUCUGGCUGUUUGGCGGCGGCGAGUUAGCUGGGCCAUGCUUCGAUGCUGGUGUGGUGGAUUCGAUGGAGACGGCCGUCAUGCCUGUUAUGUUGAGGGAUGGGGUGAAGAUGGUAGCGAUGGGUGCGCAUGUUGUACGGUUGGAGCUGGUGGAUGUCAGACGGAUGGAGAGAAGUGGGAUCCUGAUGUGCCGAUACAAGGUCCUCCGUGGGUAAAUUGCGAUGGGGAAUAUUGCUCUGGGAGCAUGAUGUGUGAGGGAUGGUCCUCAGAGGGUAAGGGGUCGGUUACUGAAACUUCAAGGUCGGGUGAGUUGGUACAUCACAACUUCCAUUCUUAGCUACUCCUUUCAUGAUACUUUCUAUGUAACAAACAGUGCAAAUCAACCCAGACUGAUCGGAGUCUAUAUUAUGUCCAUGAAUCGAAGACCCACCAAACGAACGGGG